UCAAUUUGAGGGCCCGAGACAGAGGGUGGCGGCCGAGCGCACAGCGAGUCCGCCGAGUCUGGGAAGUGGUGCCGCGGCCGCGCGGGGCGGGCGGCGAGCGGAGCCGGCCAGAACGGGCCGGGCAGCGGCCGCCGCCGUCCCCGGGCGUGCGGGCGGCGCGGGCAGGAGGAUGGAGCUGAAUUCCUUGCUGAUCCUGCUGGAGGCGGCCGAGUACCUGGAGCGCAGGGACCGAGAGGCCGAGCACGGCUACGCCUCAGUGCUGCCCUUCGACGGCGACUUCGCCAGGAAGAAAACAAAGGCGGCCGGCCUGGUGCGCAAGGCCCCGAACAACAGGUCUUCACACAACGAGCUAGAAAAGCACAGACGAGCCAAACUCAGGCUCUACCUGGAACAGCUCAAGCAGCUGGUGCCCCUGGGCCCUGACAGCACCCGCCACACCACGCUGAGCCUCCUGAAGCGUGCCAAGGUGCACAUCAAGAAACUGGAGGAGCAGGACCGCCGGGCACUGAGCAUCAAGGAGCAGCUGCAGCGCGAGCAUCGCUUCCUGAAGCGGCGCCUGGAGCAGCUGUCAGUGCAGAGCGUGGAGCGCGUGCGCACAGAUAGCACAGGCUCUGCUGUCUCCACGGAUGACUCCGAGCAAGAAGUGGACAUAGAGGGCAUGGAGUUUGGUCCCGGUGAGCUGGACAGUGUUGGCAGCAGCAGUGACGUGGAUGACCACUACAGCCUGCAGAGUGGUGGCAGCAGCGACGGUGGCUAUGGGCCCCAUUGCCGGCGGCCUGGCCGCCCUGGCCUCUUGUAGGCCCUGUGCCCUCUGCUCCUGGCCUGCCCACCUGCCCAGCCAAGCGUGUCAGCCCUCCAGGCCUCCCUCAACUGACGUCAGCCUUGCCACAGGCCCACCACUGUACCAUUCUGGAAGCUCCAGCUGCUGCCUGGGCUGCCCGCCUCUGCCCACUCACUGGUCAGGGACUGCUGAGCCACCCGACCCUCCCAGAUGGGCAGGGCCCUCUGCAGGGAGGCAGGGCCUAGUUCCUGCGUUCCAGAGCCCAGCGUAGCCACCCAUGGUCUGUUCUCAGAUUCCUAAGCAUUCCAGAAGUAUUAAAUGUCAUUGCUGCAAACUUCGGCGGGCGCCGUGUGAGGGGCUUAAUGACCACCACAGGGAGCUCAGACCCCAACCCUGGAUCCCAGGAGAAAGGACCGAGGAAGGAAGGAAGGAAGGAAGGCGAGGCUGUCUGUCUGUCCGCCCGUCCGUCCGUCCGUCUGUUGGUCCACGCAGGCUCUUGAAGCGUGGAUGGAGGGAUCCACGAAGGGCGGGACUUGGGUGAGCACCUGAGGCAGGUGGGCAGAUGGGGGCCUUCCUGCCCUGCAGGCAUAGGAGCCAGGGCUGGGCCAUGCCACCCCUAGCUGGGGAGAUCCUGAUCUGGUAGGACUGUCAGAUGCACACAUGCACGCGCCUAGGCACACGCGCUUGUGUACACGCUCACACACGCAGACACAUGGGCAUCCAGAGGCCACAUGUUCUAAGGAGGUUGGCCUUUGGAGGUCAUCUGGGCAAAUGCUGGCCCCUGGUCUGCACUCGACUCCCCCUGCAACUUCCAGCUCACCCGCACCUUCCUGGUCUACACAGGACAGGGAGCUUCCCUUCCUGCAGAGGCCGGGGUGAGCUAGAGGCUGGUGAGUUGAAACCACUGGGUCCUCAGGGAGCAUUUUCAUCUCCCUUUAGAGAAAUAAAAUGCUGUACUGCCCAGCAGCCUACACAGGGGUCCAGGAGUCCCUUGGAGAGGGGGCUUCCUCAUGAGUUCUGCCGUGUCUGCCUCAGCUGGCAGAGGCUUUUUCCAAAAAACAAAACAGAAAUGUUUUUGAAAACAAAAAAGCUAUAAAGACUCUAGGCCAAGGGAUGUUAGCGUGCGCCGCCUCUAUUUCCUGUACGAGAUUUUUGUACUCUAUUUUCCUAGCUGUUGUUACAUCCUUGUUUGCUGAGGGGUGGGAGCGACCCAGCUUCUCAGGGACCCAUCCCUCCAUCAUGUUGUCAUAGUGUGCCUUGUGUCCCAUAUCUGGCCCUGCCCCCACCACCAGCACAUCCCUGUGGCUCAUAGGACACCCCCAGCCUUCCCAUCACGUGUCCCCCACAGUGGGCAGCCCCUCCCAGCAUCCGGGCUUCCUGGGAGUGACCCAGCCAGGCCUGUGUGGGCAUAUGGCUGCUUUCUGCCACCAGCUGGAGAGGCCAUGAUCUGGCUCCAAAUUUCAUCCUCUCCAGCAGCUGGCAGGGGCCUGCUGUGCAGCCUGGGGACAGCAGACCACCUAUGAGGGCUUGCUUGCUAACCAGAGAAAUAGAUUCUCAUCUGCUACCUGACUCAAGCCCCUGUUCCCUGGCUGAGGGCAAGGGCUCCAGGUCUCAAACACUGGUAGCAGAUGAAGACCCUGGGUGGUGCAGGCCUGGCAAUAGGAGUCUUCUGCUGGCCUUGCAUUUAUAAAGUCCUUUAUUCCUGGGGACCAUGCAGCAAUACUUAGGUGGUGGGCGUGAGGCUGGCCCACAGCAGUGCCUGCUACCUUCUCUGGUGCAUCUGUAACCAAUUUCCGAAUCUUGGGGAAAAUGUGUGUUUAUUUUCAGCCAUGUGGAUGGACAUCCCAGAGUGGGUGGCUUACUGAGGCAGGAAGCUCCCUUGAAACAGCUCUGGCACAGAACCUGCCCUACAGGCACUUGGGACAAGAGGCCCAGAGAGAGAACAGGCUUGUGGGGCGGGUGCAUGGAGGUGGGGAGACUGUCCAAAUGUCCUUCCGGCUGCAUGGGAAGGGGCUGUUCCUGCUGGCCCAAGUCUGCCCACCAUGCCUGCGCUCCCAGCACCUCUGAGAGUGCUUGCUUCUGGGCACCAGGACAGUCCAUGCUCUCCAUUCUUGAAGUAUCAGCUCCCCUUGCCACCUUCUAACACCUGGGAGUGUUUGCUCCCACCUCUGGACAACAGAAUCCAACAAGGUGACCAGUAGUGGCCUCCCUCAGCCAACCUUCCUGGCAGCUCAGCCGUGGCUUUUCAGGCUGCGGUUCCUGGGUGGACAGGGGAGCUGACAAGGGAGUCAGCUGCUCCUCCCUGCCCCCGACAGGUGUGUGUGCUGUGGCCCACGGGGUCAGGGCUGGUGCUAAGAGUUAUUCACAUCUACUCCUCCCCAGCUCCCUGCCAUUUGCACAGGUUGGCCAUUACUUGUGGCCAUGGGGGCACAGGGCUGUUGUAGUGUCUGUAAAAAGCAACCGGGACCAGGACAGGGCACUAGGGUGCCUGUGCCCUCUGCAUGUGCCCUCUUGGCCCACAUGUGCCGCUGUGGUGCUCGGUGGCUGAUAUUCUGGAACCCUAGGCUCAAGUUUGGAUCCCCCUCUCUUCCCGGGAAGUGACCCCACAUGCCAGGCCCUCAAUAUCCUGGUAUAGGCCUGGCUGGCAGAGGAGGAGCUGCAGGGGGCUUUGCCUGCACGAGGACCCAGGGGCUGCCUCUAGCCCCAGUCUUAGUGGCAGUGCUGAGGCCUGUGUUCCUGGGUGGUGGAGCCACACACCAGGCGGUAGCCUGCCCUCCUGUCUGCCCUGGUCAUCUCCUUCCCACUGGACUGGGCAGCCCCCGCCCCUGCCUGUCUCUGGGUCAGCUAACCUGGGGCCCCCUGCCCACAGCCUGCUCGGAAGAUCCUGACCCCGACUGCAGGGCACCCCUGGGGCCCAUGUCUGGGGUACUAGGGCAGGUUCUGUGCCAGAUUUCUGGGGCCACUUGAGGCCUGGUGCUGGCGUGGUGGGCGCGCUGGAGUGGGAAAUGGGCCCCACCCCCUGCCCACUGCUGGGGCAGUGCUGUGUCAUUCUGUCAUUGUAAUAUAAAUACAGAUUUUUAUACCUCA